AUUUUAUUUUGCAUCAGUUAACAUAGCUUUUGCUUAUGUUUAGCAUGUAUUUAUUAUAUCAAUUUAUAUCGUAAAUGCAUACAAUCCGCAGUCGAGUUAUUGUUAUAGCUGUUUUUGACACUGCGUAUCAGUUAAUUGAUUUAUAUAUCAAAAUUAAUAUUAUCUUAUCAUAAUAUUAAACUACAUGUAGCUGGAAUAAUUACAAACGAUGAAAUCAUUCUUUCUACUUGUAUGCCAAAUUAUAUUCUGUCACAAAUAAUUAAGCGUUCAGAUACAAAACAAAUAAUACUGAAAAAAUUGAAUCGUUAGCAUACCAUUUGUCUUUCCAAAACAAAUAUCUUUUUCCCUACAAAUUGCCUACACUGACUUCCAAUUUGCAUUACAUCUCAGAAGUCGUGUAUCAGAAAAUCAUGAAAUUUGGUGUAGCGACUUCUAUAUAUGAACUGUAUUGUAUAUUCUAUAUAUGAUUAGUGGUAGUAAUAGUCGGGUGCCUUUUAGACAGGAAAUUUUCGCUCCUCUUAAAUAGGAUUCACCAUACUAUCUUGGUUACAAUGAGCUGACCCAGCAGUCUGUUUGAAAUAUUUAUGUACAUCUUUUCUGAUGAAGAAUACUUGUAUUUUCCUUUAAAAGAAGAAAUGCAGUAACUCAUGUCUCUAGAAACUUUGUAUUUAAUAAUUGAAUUAAUCGAAAUUAAAUUUUAUUUAAUAGCUACAGAUUUACAACGUUUCUUCUUUUAUUUUGUAGCUACGUAUUCGCGUUGUUUAUGCAACAAAGGGUGGUCCACGCAACGUGUGCACCUUUAUAACUUCCAAAAUAUGCGUUGCUGGAGAAAAUAUUAUAUGUAUACAAAAGUUGCAUGGCUUAAAAGGGUACACUACGUAGUGAGUUAAUUUUUUGUACAUGUGACGUUUAGGAGAUUUAAACCUUUGCGGUCGUAUGUCUGCUCUCAGCCAUCACAACAAAGAACCGUACUAAUCUUAUGUUGUAUUCCGCAGACUGAAAAGAUUAAAGCUGUUAGACAAUAGUAAUAGAUUCUAAGAUAUUAGUGUAAUAAUAGAUUAAUGGAAAGAUUAAUGAAAAGAUCAUUAGUAAUUAUAUUAAGUUAUACAAGAAUAUGUGAACCAGUGGGUGGAAUAUCUGCAUGUUACAUUUUUCAAAAACAAAUAUAUUGAAUAUCGUUAUUUUUUCUGUAACAGAUUGUAAUAAAUACCAAAUAAUCGAAAAUACUUGGUAGAAUUCCAAGUAAUAUUUUACAAAUUGUGUUUAAGUGUAAUGAGGGAUUAUGGUUUCUUAAAAUAUUUCAAAAACAAUACUCCAAAAUGGCAAUAAGAAAGUUGAAGAAAGUUACCGAAAGAUACCACAUGAUGGAGAACUAUAAAAUAUAAUGUUUACAUAAAAACGUUACAUUAAAACACAUUAAUGUGUAAACAUAUAUAUCUAAAGUCUACAAAAGAAUGAAUAAAUCUUGUUUAUCCUUCAUAAGCUUGCAUAUUAUGUAUCACUGCUCGUUCUUGGGAAAUUAAUUCCGACCAGAGCAAUAGCCAUGCCUAAAUUUAAUACGACCGUAAAGGAUUAAAGGACAACUUUGUCGCUUUAAAUAGAAUACUGUAUUUUGUAUACAAAAAUAUGAAUCAAAUUCCAAAUAAAAAAGUGUUGACCUUUGUUAGCCCUAAGCCUAAUAGGCAGUAAUUGUCCCGAGUAAUUUCACGAGUGAUUUCACUUUAUUACUCGAACAUUUUCUUCGCGUAAUAUCAAGUCGGAGGUUCAACCUUAUCGGAGAUUUUCCACAGGACAGCGAUGUUUACAUAACAAUGUUUAUCGACGCGACACCAUCUAUCACGAUCCGCAGUCUUCUAUCGUGUUCGUGAUCCAGUAUUGAAGUUACCUUCGAUGUUGCGUGUAAUUACCAGACAGAUAAAAGAAAAAUUGAAAUUUUGUAACGGUGAAGAAAAUGAUAUGCUUUCAGUUUAUGGUGGCUGGCAUAAAGAUGCAGUAAGAGCCAAAGUUAUGUAUACUGAGAGGUAUCCUGAAAGGUAUAUUCUGAACUGAAAUCAGUAUUUGAGAGAUUGUCUGAAUCGCUUUGACGAACCGGAAGUUCUGUUACUAAACGUAGCAAAACGUGCUACUUCAGACAAAAAUAAGAUUGCGGUCCUAGCAGCGAUAACAAAAAAAACCCGUAUGAGUACACUGCAGAUUUCAAGAGGAUCUGAAAUUCCCAAAACAAGUGUACUACGAAUUCAACAUAAAGAAAAACAUCAAUUCAAUCACCUAGCACUUCAUCAUAGCACUUUUUAGCUCCAUGGCUGUAAACGUCGCUGUUCUAAGGAAACUUGUCAUAAGUAGACUCUGGAUCUCCAUGCAAAAUCAAAUCUUGGCAAACGUACCUACAAAAAUUGAACCUAAAUAGAAAUUUAGUUCAAUAAUAUCUCUAUGAAGGAUUCGUGGCUGAAUAAUCCAGUGAUUCAGCUUUCUGUUGCCAAAGCUCAGAACAAACGCCUGGCACCGGCAACAGGCACAAUCGAGCGAUAACAAUUUGAAACCCGUGAAAAUACUCCAAUAGGAAGAUAGUACAGCAUCAAUGUUUGCGGUCUGUGAGCAUAGUGCGGGCAACGUGCGAACAUCAGUUUGCGAUACGGUCUUACCAAGUUGACGACUGUAGUUCCUCCCGUGAGUUCGGUUAACAUCAUUGAAACGAUAUCGGGAGGAUCCCGACGGACGUCUGACUGGAAACGCGUGCUCUCUUCGAUAUCGAAGCAAUGCCAGUACCCGAUAAGGAUUCUGUUAGUCUGGAAACAGAAUCAGAAAAGAAACAGAAUUAUUCAAUUGCCAAGUACGUAACUAUAUUAAGUUGGUUGCCGAAUUAUACCCGAUUGGAUGCUAUCUCGGAUUUGGUGGCUGGAGUGACUCUAGGACUAACGCUCAUUCCUCAGAGUAUCGCUUACGCUGCACUAGCAGGUCUGACGGCACAGUAUGGACUCUACUCUUGCUUCGUGGGCGCUUUUAUAUAUAUUAUUUUUGGGACAAUCAAAGAGGUAUCAAUUGGACCUUCGUCUUUGAUGUCCAUCUUAACUUUGGAAUACACUAGAAACAUGCCUGUGGACUUUAUCGUGCUUUUCACUUUUCUGGCUGGAUGCGUAGAAUUGCUGAUGGGGAUACUACAUUUAGGGUUCUUAGUAGACUUCAUAUCCAUACCUGUUACAUCAGGAUUCACAUCAGCCACUUCUAUUAUUAUAAUCGUGGCUCAGUUGCAAGGGCUUCUGGGAUUGAAGUUCAAGGCAUCCAGCGUUGUUGCAGAUCUAAUCAAGAUAUGUCAAAAUAUUAGAAACAUUCGUGUACCAGAUAUGACUCUUGGACUUUGCAGUAUAGCCUUUCUUCUAUCUUUCAGAAAAUUAAAAGAUCUGGAUCGCUGCUUUUCGAAUAACAAACAAAAGAGAAAUGACAAAGAAAGUGUUUUAAAAAAGAUCUUGUGGUUUCUUCCUAUCUGUCGCAAUGCUUUGGUGAUACUAAUAACUUCCACAAUAGCAUUCUAUCUCGAAAGAGCAGGAUCAACCCCAUUUAUUCUUUCAGGAAGGAUACAAUCAGGACUUCCUACGGUAUCCUUGCCACCAUUUUCAUCGCAAGUGGGAAAUCAAACUUACACUUUCUUCGACAUGUGUUAUCACUAUGGAACAGGGAUAAUUGUGUUACCUCUUGUGUCAGUGUUAGCGAAUGUGGCUAUUGCCAAAGCAUUUGCGAGCGGCAAGACCCUAAACGCGACGCAAGAAAUGCUAACACUUGGUUUGUGUAAUAUAUUUGGGAGCUUAUUUUCAGCUAUGCCAAGUACCGGAGCAUUCACGAGAAGUGCUGUAAUUUCUGCCAGCGGUGUCCGAACACCUCUGGCUGGCAUAUAUGUUGGUAUCAUGGCGUUAUUGGCGUUAAGCUUUUUAACUCCAUACUUUUAUUAUAUUCCACGUGCCACGCUUGCAGCAGUGUUGAUAAGCGCUGUAGUGUUCAUCAUUGACUUGAAGAUAAUAAAGCUACUCUGGAAUGGAAGCAAAAAGGAUGCCUUCGCUGCAAUAGUUACAUUCUUAGUUAGCGUCUCUUUAGGAGUGGAGAUAGGACUUUUAACUGGCGCCCUAUUUAAUGUAAUUUUCCUCCUUCGACCAUCUGCAAGGCCAAACAUUGAAGUAUUACAAUGCAAGACUCAACAUGGAGACAAAUACGUAAUGAUCAAACCAGAUGCUGGACUUCUUUAUCCUGCUGCUAACUAUUUUUGUAAUAAUGUAAUCGAAGUUGUUCAAAAAUAUGAUAAAAAUGACAUGGUAUUCAUUAUUAAUUGCGAAAGGAUACAAACUAUUGAUUACUCAGCGAUAAAGGGAAUUGAAAUACUAUCGAGAAGUAUGAAUACGGAAAAAAAGAAACUAUGGUUCUUGAACGUUAAUUCAGAAGUGUCUCAAAAUAUCCAAAUUCUUGGUAAUAAUAAAUACUUUUGCUUCAUUGACGAAGAAGACAAAAUAUCCUGUAUAUUUUACGAUGAUACAAUAACGACAAAUAGAGAAGAAGUGAAAGAAAAACUUUUAGAAAAUGUUGUAGAAAGGGCAACGUUUACUCUCAUAAAUGAUAGAAACUGUUCACAGACAAUUGACAAAUGUGUAGAAAAUGUUGAUGACGGUCCCGAAGAAAUUGCAUUAAUGUCGACGUUAUCAUCUAAAACAAAAUAAAAAUGAAAACUGAAUCGACUAUUAAUUCGAAUCAAUAUUUCGUCGAAACAACGAAUAUCGAGAAUAAAGAUAAAUAAUUGUUCUUUGUCUUCGAAAAGGAGGAGGUUACUCUAUUCAACAUGUAUAUAUAUAUAUAUUUUUUUUUUCUUCUUCUAAAUGUCCAUCAACUUCGAAAACGAAAGAGUUAAUAAAAUUUAAUAAAUAACGUGA